CCGGGCUCAGGGCAGCCAGCUCUGCCGAGGAGGGGGUGGCCGGGGGGAGCUGGCCAGGACGGUCCACAAUGUGGCUCAAGCCGGAGGAGGUGUUGCUCAAGAACGCGCUCAAGCUGUGGCUCCUGGAACGGGCCAACGACUACUUCGUGCUGCAGCGGCGCCGGGGCUACGGGGAGGAAGGCGGCGGCAGCGGGGGGUUCACAGGCCUUCUGGUUGGGACACUUGAUUCAGUCUUAGACUCAACUGCUAAAGUGGCUCCAUUUCGCAUCCUCCAUCAGACACCAGGUUCUCAGGUUUAUUGGUCCAUCGCAUGUGGAGCCAGCAGAGAAGAAAUCUACAAGCACUGGGAGUGGUUGGAACAAAAUGUCAUGAAGACCUUAUCUGUGUUUGACUCAAAUGAAGAUAUUACUAGUUUUGUGCAUGGAAAGAUAAGAGGACUGAUUGCCGAAGAGGGAAAAGAUUGUCUCGUAAAAGGUGACGAUCCUGAGAAGUUUCGAGAAGCUCUCAUGAAAUUUGAGAAAUGCUUUGGUUUAGCCAAACAAGAGAAAUUGGUGACCUAUUAUUCAUGCAGUUAUUGGAGAGGACGAGUUCCUUGCCAGGGAUGGCUCUAUCUUAGCUCCAACUUUCUGAGUUUCUAUUCUUUUUUGUUGGGAUCAGAAAUCAAACUUGUUAUCUCCUGGGAUGCCAUCUCCAAACUUGAAAAAACAUCAAAUGUCCUUCUCACCGAGAGUAUCCAUGUGUGUUCCCGGGGGGAAGAUUACUACUUUUCAAUGUUUUUGCACAUUAAUGAAACAUUCCUUCUCAUGGAGCAACUGGCCAACUAUGCAGUAAGAAGACUUUUUGACAAGGAGACGUUUGAAAAUGACCUAGUCCUCAAUGAUCCUCUUAAAAUCACCAAAAGAACAAUGGAGAACCUGGCGCGCAGUGAGCAAUUCAGUUCAUUUUUUAGGCUCCCCAAAGAAGAAAACCUUAAAGAAGUACACGAAUGUUUCUUACGGAUACCAUCGAGCCACUUGAACGCUCAUGGGAAAAUGUGUAUUUUUGAAAACUACAUCUGCUUUACCAGUCAGGACGUCAGUCUCUGCAGUGUAGUCCUUCCACUAAGAGAGGUCCUUGCUGUAGACAAGGUGGAUGACUCUAGCCAAUCAGUCAUCAUUAGCAUCAAAGGAAAGAAAGCCUUUCGAUUCUCUGACAUCAGAGACUUUAAGCAGCUUGUGGCAAAACUGAGACUUAUAGGUGGAGCAGCUUCCAUUCUGCAGCAGGAUGUUAGCACUGAGCCCGUGCCCAGUCCUGACCCUGGGAGCUCAGGGCAGUCUUCUAAGGGGCCCUCUCUAAUGGGACAGAAAGAUUCCAGCAAGACUGUGAACACACAAGCUUUAAUGACAGAAUUUCACCCUCAAGAUUUGGAGAAUCUUGAUUCCAAAAUGCUGAAAGAAAAGAUGAAGGAACAAUCAUGGAAUAUACUCUUUGUGGAAUAUGGCCGUGGCGUUAGCAUGUUUCGGACAAAAAAGACUCGAGACUUGGUUGUAAGGGGUAUUCCUGAGACUUUAAGAGGAGAACUAUGGUUGCUUUUUUCAGGUGCUAUUAAUGAUAUGGCUACCAAUCCUGGCUAUUAUGCUGACAUGGUUGAGUUGUCCUUAGGGACAUAUACAGUAGCUACUGAUGAAAUUGAACGUGACUUGCGUCGCUCCCUACCUGAGCAUCCUGCCUUUCAAAGCGACAUGGGCAUAUCUGCAUUGAGGCGGGUACUCACAGCAUAUGCAUACCGGAACCCCAGAAUUGGCUACUGUCAGGCAAUGAACAUUUUGACAUCAGUGUUGCUUCUAUAUGCAAAAGAAGAAGCCGCUUUUUGGCUCCUGGUUGCUGUGUGUGAACGGAUGCUGCCUGAUUAUUUUAAUCACCGGAUUAUUGGUGCCUUGGUGGAUCAGGCAGUCUUUGAGGAACUGAUCAGAGAGCACCUUCCUCAGCUGACGGGUCACAUGAGUGACAUGACCUUCUUUUCCUCGAUCUCCCUCUCCUGGUUCCUCACCCUCUUCAUCAGUGUGCUUCCUAUUGAAAGUGCCGUGAAUGUCGUGGACUGUUUCUUCUACGAUGGCAUAAAGGCCAUCUUACAGCUGGGAUUGGCGGUGCUUGACUAUAACAUGGAACAAUUGCUUACGUGUAAAGACGAUGCCGAAGCUGUCACAGUGUUAAACAGGUUCUUCGACAAUGUCACCAACAAGGACAGCCCAUUGCCUUCGACUGUUCAACAGGGUUCAUCUACAAGUGAUGACAAAAGCCAUCAGACCAAAGUGGACAUUACAGAUUUGAUUAGAGAAGCGAAUGAGAAAUACGGUGAUAUUCGCUACGAGGAUGUGUAUAGCAUGCGCCGGAGAAGUCGGCUGUAUGUGAUCCAGGUGCUUGAAGAAACCACAAAGCAGAAUGUGCUCCGGGUUGUAUCACAGGAUGUCAAAUUCAGCCUUCGUGAAUUAGAAGAGCUUUAUGACAUCUUUAAGAGAGAGCACUUUUUGUCUUGUUAUUGGAAUUUGACCAGCACUGCCUUGAGGCACCACAACCCCAGCUUACCGUACUUGGAGCAGUAUCAGAUUGACUGCCAGCAGUUCCGAAUACUAUAUCAUCUCUUGAGCCCCUGGGCUUAUUCUGCCAACCGGGACUGCUUGGCACUCUGGACCUUCAGAUUACUGGAUGAAAACUCCGACUGCCUUAUCAACUUCAAAGAAUUCUCCUGUGCAUUUGAUAUCCUAUAUAAUGGAAGUUUUACUGAGAAGCUUAAGCUGCUUUUCAAGCUGCAUAUUCCACCAGCUUUUACUGAAGUGGAGUCUGUGAGCCCUUCAAAAGGAGAUCAACUUUCCAAGGAUGAACUUCUCCGCUUCAGCCAGUUCCACGUUUCCUUAUCUGCACACGGACAGGAAGUAGGAUCAGCGAAAGGCAGCCCAGAGAAAGGCAGGGGGAAACUCGAUGUUCAGGAGUAUCUAAAACAAUGGCAAGACGAGCUUCUCAAAAAAGAAGAAAACAUUAAGGAUUUACCCAGAAUGAAUCAGGUGCAAUUUAUUCAGCUCUCGAAGACCUUUUAUAAUUUGUUCCACGGGCAUCCUGAAGAGGAAGAGUUAUACCAGGCCAUUGCAGUUGUGACCAGCCUCUUGCUCAGAAUGGAAGAAGUGGGGAGGAGGUUGCAUGGCACAAUGUCACCCACCAAAGAAAAGGCCAGUGACUGCGCCUCCACAGCGGACCCUGGGAAUAGCACCACCUCUCAGACUACCGAGGCAGCAGAGAAGCCCUCCCCACUUAAAGAGGAACACCAGUGGUCUUUUGCUUUCGAGCAGAUCCUUGCAUCAUUGUUAAAUGAGCCUGUCAUAGUGAGGUUUUUUGAAAAGCCAGUAGAUGUCCAAGCCAAGUUAGCAGAUGCAAAAGCCUCCCAGCAGAGUUCUAGAACCAGGGUAUAAUUUACCAGCAUGGAAUCCAUUUUUACCAAGGAUUGCCUGAAGUGUACCAGGGUCCAUCUAGCUCAUUCCCUGUGAUCCCUGGGAGCAAACCUCAGGGAUUUAGCUUUAUGUGGCACAGAUCUAUUUGAAGGAAACCAAGGUACCCCAAAGCACAAUUCCAUUCUUCUUUAUAAUAGUCUUAACUUUUAAUAUUCAUAAUGACAAGCACUUUUUAUAUAACAUUUUACUUCAUCUGCACUAUCCUAAGAAAUCUUGUUCAUGUCACCCCUAGAGGGCACCACCAAACCACUCAAUUUAAAAAAAAAUGACUUACUAAUAGUUACCUAUGAAGUAGUGUUGGAAUCUUCAAGUUUGCUCUUGUGUUUGGAUACUAGUGAUGCUGCUUUGUCAAAUUGACAGCCCCUUGUUUUGAAUUCUGUAUGUGUAUGUGCCUCAGUCUUGUGUAGAUGUUAAAGUGCUUUAGAGAAUAGAGCCUUUUGAGCCUUAAUUGUCCAAGGAACGUUGCCAUUCGGAGGUUUUGUGUUCAAGUCUUAACUGAGUGACUAUAAUUAAUUAAUUUUUUUUUUUAGUUUAUCCAAUAUUAUCUUCUAAUGAUUGGUUCUGGAGGGACUUCCAACAUCAGUCCAGGUGCAGAAGCCAUCUCUUUUCCUUCCUGCAUCCUUUUCCUCCUUUAUGGCAGUGUGGCGUAAUGGACAGAGAAUUGGCCUGGGAGCCAGAAAGACCUGGGUUCCUCCGACACAUAGUGGCUGUGUGACCUUGGGCAAGUUCCUUAACCCCUCAAUGUUCUAGGUAACUCUAAGUCUCUAAGAUGCAGAGAAGAUGCUGACCUGCAUUGGCAAAGGGGCUUUCCUUGCUUGGGAGUUACCUAUACCAGUGAAAUAACAGGUAUGGUCCCUAUCCCAUGCCCCCUCCUUCACAGUCUGUUUUAGAUCUUGAAGCCCAGCAUUAAUUUCCUGUUAGCAAGAUGGAACAGAGAGGAGGAAGAGAUUUGUUUCUUUGCUCUAAAGGCUGAAGAGGCUGUCUCAGAAAGCAUUUGUGUGUCCAGCCCCUUAGAGGAGUUUGCACUUUGCUGAUUAUAAAGGGGAACUCGUAAGAGUUUUAUUCUCCUGCUUUUGUGCACAUGAAAGAACAAAAGUUAUUGACAGAUGUAUCUGAUGGGACAUGUAAUAUUCCACGUCUGUUCUCUAGACCAAGAUUGAUCACAUUAACUGUGUGACCUUGGACAAGUCUCACAUCCUCCCUUUGUUUACUCUUCCAUACAGUAAAAGAACUGGACUAAAUGAUCUCUACGGGCCCUUUGAGCUCUGAGAUUCUAGGAUUCUGUCUCUGCUGCUAAUGAAGAUGAAGAACUUCCUUUUCCCCCUACAAAUUGUGUUUUCUGCCUUUUGUUUUUACAUCCCCUACAUUUCCCGAUGACUCCACUCUCCCCUCACAAGGAGCCAUCCCUUAUAAUAAAGGGGGAAAAAACAGUUCCACAAAAAGAAUCCACAGAAAAUAGCCAGUUUGUAUGCAGAAUUACCAGCAUCCACUUCAAACACUGGGCUCUUACCAGAUGAACUUAGACAGGCUCAGAUUAGGCUGGGAGAAUGAAAACCCUUUGAAAUCUGAAAGAUCAAAGCUGUGCUCAUCAUAUCUUCCCUGCUCCCUGGCUCUGACCAGGCUCAUUCUUUCAUAAUCAGUCAUUAGAAUGAUUUCUCUUCGAAGAGCUUUGGUCUUAGCCAUUUCACACAUUCAGAUGGCAAAAAAAAAAAUACUAAUAAUAAUAACUGGUGUUUCUAUAGUGCUUUAAAGUUUGCCAAAUGCUUUCCGUAGAUAUUUUCAGUUAGGCCUCAGAAAAAUCCCUGGGAGGCUGGUAUUGCAGAUAUUUCCCUGUUUUUUAGAUAUCGAGAUUGAGAGUCAGAGGUUUGCUCCCAUGGUCACAUGGACACUCAGAUCCAGGUCUUCCUGACCCCCAUCCCAGUGCUUGGUCCACUAUGCCAUGUAGCACCAUAUAUGGCUUUGUAAUUAGGGUUCUGAUGUGGGUCAAGUCAACUCUCGGUGCAUGAGACCCUAAAUCUAGGAUCUUUUUUAAUGGUAAAAUGUCUCCUUUUCAGGAAGGUUCGAUUUCUGAAUAAGUAGCAUUCAGAUCUACUUAUUCUCCAUUGGACUCUAGAAUCAGUAGCUGGCCUACUGAAAAUCCUCUUAGUUUAAUUUGGAAGAACACUUCCUGUGAUAUCACCUUUCAAACAUGCUCAACACUGGCUUACCAGUUGCAGCUUAGAGACAAGCGAUUGGGGGUGCAAUUGGCCUUGCCUUCUUGCAGAAGUAAGGUUUGUUGAAACAUUCCUGGCUUUCAGAAUAGUUACCCAAGAUUGCACAAUGAGUGUUAAAUUGGCCUUGUCUAAUUGACACAGUGCUGUAGGUAUCUGUGACAUACCAGGCCCUCCUGUAUACAUCUUCAAUGAUUUUUUUUUUGUCAAUUGCCUUUGCAAAAACAAAAACAAAAAAGACCCAAAGCUAAAAGAGCAUCUAUUCAGAGUUGUUAUAAUGAUAAGCCUUAUGGAAGAUUGCUGUGUAUUAUCUUUUAGCCUAGAUUCUUUGGAACUGAAUACUUGAAGACAUUCCUGGAGGGAAGAGAUUAUAAAUGCAAGUUUAAGGGGCAAGUGGUAUAUUUUUGCAGUUUGUGUGAGAAAUAUGUUGAACAAAGUGUGUUAGGGGAAGCUUGGAGCAUCAAAACUAAACUUAUGCAGAAAACCUUAUUAAAUAUAUUAUUUAAAAUGCC